AUGGACUCCUGCAGGGUCGAGGUGGAAAAUAUCUUCCUCCUGGUCAUCGUCACACUCAUCAGUGUUCUUCAGAAUGUAUUUUUUGCUCAAAAGGUAGAGAGGGAGUGCAGCAAUCACUCCCACACAUCUGCUUUUGAGCGAGUGUCUUGUGCCAACCGGAACUGCAUGGAUGCCUAUCCCACCUUCCUGGCAGUGAUGUGGUGUGCCGGGCUCUGUCUCAGUCAAGCUCCUGCUGCUUUCGCUGGAAUUAUCUACCUUCUUGUCAGACAGAAGUACUUUAUUGGAUAUUUGGGACAGACCUCUCAAAGCACUCCGGGUUACCUGUUUGGCAAGCGCAUCAUCAGCUUCCUGUCCUUGAUGUGCAUCGUGGGCAUCUUCAACUACCUGAUGGGACGGUACUUCGGUCAGGACUAUAAAGAAUACGUGGAGACCAUCACGGGCGCUGCGUCGGCUCUUCUGCUCCUUCCUUAGUUCAGCUUUACUUUUGCACGUAAAAGCAUUUUUAUUGCAUUUCUGUUUGGCAAAGAAUAAAUAAAUCA